AUCAUGGAAUUUUCUUUUAAAUUUAUUAAAAUCUGAAAAUAUUCAACGUUUAAAUCAUCAAUGGACAACAACUUUAUAUCGUUUACUUGAAUUCAAACAAAUAAAAAAGCAAAAUAAAUAUUUACAACUAUAUCAUCAAAUUCAAUUUACAUUAAGUUCAAAAACUGAUUCAUCAAUAUUUCCUAAACUUCAUGAACCAUAUCAAGAAUUAAAAAAUAUUGUUGAUACAUGUGUUCGAAAUACAACUGAAGAAAAUCAAUGGAAUAUUUUAUUGAAUUGGAUUCAAUUAAAAACUAAUUCCUAUCCUUAUCAAUUAGAAUUAGAAGAAAUUAAAGUAAUGUUAAUAUUAAAUAUUUACUAUGAAUAUUAUUGUAAUAAUCAAUUAUCAUCUAUCAAUACAUUAUUAGAAAUAAUUGAAAAUAAUUUACAAUUAUCAUCAGAAGAAUUACGAAUUUUUCGUAUUUUUCUAAAACCUGAACAAUAUAUGAUUGGAUAUCCAAAAGAAAAUAAUAAUGAUAAAAAUUUUCUUAAUGAUUUAUUCAAACUUGAUUGUCAAGAUGAAUUUGAAUUAUCCUUACGUCAUAUGCUUGUCAAUCUUAUGGCAAUGAUUUUAUUAGGUGGAAAACAAUCUUUUCUUUGGACAUUUAUGUUUCAACCAUUAACAUUACAGAAGACCUAUGGAUUUGGAUCAACUUCACGACAUACCAUUCAAUCACAUAGUGUUCAUUAUGAUUGUGGUUGUAUUAUUUCACAAAAUGGUGAUUUAUUACAAUUUUCAAAUAGAGGAUAUGAAAGUGCACUAAAUGUUCCAGCAGUUUAUGUUGUUUUCUUUUCAACAUUCGGUGCUUUGGCAUGGCAUUUAUUAUUAUUUGAUGAAUCUGUCCAAAAUUUACAUGUACCAAUUCUUUCACCAACAGCUAUUGCUGAUAAUGCAUCAAUCUAUCAUCUUGGUGGUGAUAAUCUUCGAGCUAAAGUUUGUUCUUUUGUUUGUACCAGAUUAUUAUCAACAUUUCAUUUUUUAACAAUUCAAUCAAAUCUCAAUGAUGCUUGUAUUCUUUUGACUCAUUGUUUUGAACAAAUGUCAUUUCUUACACAAACACGAAACUCAUGGAUUAAACCUUUAUAUACAACAAUUGAUGAUCAACUUCAAGCUGAACAAGAAUAUAAUGAUAACGUAUUUUAUUUUGUUUAUAAUAAUCUAGUUCAUUAUAAAUCGUAUAUUAAUCAAUUAAAUUCACAAUCAGAAAUACAAAUAAAUCUUCAAAAUUUUAUCGAUCAAAUGCCUAUUGUUAUUCAAUUUCAAUAUUUUAAAACUGAAUUAUAUCGUUUAAAAAAUUCUCAAAUAUCUCUUAAAAUUUUACAGCAUACUAUAAAUUCUUUUUCAUUUUUAAAAAUAACAAAAUUAAUAUAUGAUCUUAGUCAAUUUUAUCUUCUUUUACAUCAAACUUAUACACAAUUAAUUGAACAAAAUGAAUUUUCAACAAUAACAUUAAAAGAAUUGUUUAAUCGAAGUCAAAAAUGUUACAAUCAUUCUUAUUAUCAAAAAUAUAAAAAUCAAGAUAAAACACAUCAAUCAAUUAUCGAUAAAGGAAUACAAGCUGUUAAUAUUUAUCAUCAAUUUACUAAUGGUUUUAUUCGACCAGGUGCUUGUGAAGAAAUUCAACAUUUUUCAACAAUUUCAUUCGAUACACCAGUAAAUUAUUUAGUUACAAAUGAAAAUCAUGAUGAAGGCGAUAUUAUUAUGCGUAUACUCAGGUUAAUUCAUUUAUAA